AUGCCUGGAAGGGUUCUACCGACAUUCACCUCCGUCGAGGUUGAAUCCCACAACACCGCCAAGUCGUGUUUUAUUACCUUGGGGCGCAAUGUUUACGAUGUUACCGAUUUCCUCGAUGCCCACCCCGGUGGCGGUGAUCUGAUUCUGGAGUAUGGAGGCAAGGAUGCGACAGAUAUCCUCAAGGACGAGAUAUCUCAUGCACAUACUGACGCCGCCUAUGAGAUCUUGGACGAGUACCACAUUGGCUUCGUGUCCAAUGCCUGUACACCUGGAAAGACCUCUACUACCGCGAUCGAGACUGAAACAGGUCCUACCUACGUCAGCACCGGAAUGUCGCGCGAGGAGGAUCUCUCGAUCGAUACGGACUACACCCAAGAUUUCAAGACACACAAGUUCCUAGACAUGAACAAGCCGCUUCUUAUGCAGCUAUGGAAUAGCAACUUUUCUAAGGAGUUCUACUUGGAGCAGAUUCACCGCCCCCGUCACUACCGUGGUGGAGAGUCUGCUCCUCUGUUUGGCAACUUCCUCGAGCCUCUUAGCAAGACCUCUUGGUAUGUCGUUCCGUCACUCUGGCUGCCUCCGGUUAUCUACGGAACCAUGGUCGGAUUAUCAGGACUUGGAAACGUUUCUGUCACCGCUUCCUACUGGAUUGGCGGUGUCUGCCUCUGGACUCUGAUCGAGUAUCUGAUGCACCGAUUCCUCUUUCACGUUGACCACUGGCUUCCCGACAACCGGGUUGGUCUGACUCUUCACUUCCUCCUUCACGGUAUCCACCACUACCUUCCCAUGGACAAGUACCGCCUUGUCAUGCCUCCGACACUAUUCGUGGUCUUGGCUGUGCCUUUCUGGAAGCUGGCCCAUACCGUCUUCUUCUACAACUGGUUUGCAGCCGUAACAGUCUUCUGCGGCGGAGUCUUCGGAUAUAUAUGCUACGAUAUGACCCACUAUUUCCUGCACCACCGCAACCUUCCUCUGUACUAUAAGGAUCUCAAGAAGUACCACCUUCAGCACCACUUUGCCGACUUCGAGAAUGGAUUUGGUGUGACAAGUCGAUUCUGGGAUCGUGUCUUUGGCACUGAGCUCGAGACUCCCCCUCCCAAGGGAAUCAAGGCUCAGUGA